AUGUUUUUGUUCAUACCAGUAUUAGUAAUAGUAGGUAUUUCAUUUGUUGAUGGAAUAAAUAAUAUUACCUGUAUAUCGACUCCCGGACAAAAGAAUACAUCAACAAUUUUAACUAAUCUUCGUCGAGAAAUGCGAAAUGCAGGUAUUGGAAUAUAUGUUGUUUUUUCUGACGACGAACAUGGCAGUGAAUAUACACAACCGUAUGAUAAACGGCGUGAUUGGAUUACGGGAUUUCGUGGUUCAUCAGGUAUAGCAAUUAUUUCGUUACGAACUGCGGCUUUAUGGACAGAUAGUCGUUAUUUUUCACAAGCAGAAGAAGAAUUAGAUUGUGCUAAUUGGCUUUUGAUGAGACAUGGCAAUGAAAAUGUACCAAGUCCUUUUAUUUGGUUAGUUACUGAAGCACAACAGACAGCAUGGUCAUUAGGUACUACAACUGUAUUCACUUCUUCAGCAUGGUGGUCAUUAGCCAAUACAGCAUUACAAGCAAUAGGAAAACAACUUCAACCUGUUGAUGAUCUUGUUGGACGUAUUUGGCCAAGUAAUGAACGUCCAAAAGCAUCACAAAAACCAAUUGUGAAACAUGAUAUUAAAUAUGCAGGUCAAAGUGUUACUCAAAAAUUACUUCGAACAACUACUGAACUUCAACGAUUUGAUGCAACAGUAACUAUUAUAAGUGCUCUUGAUGAAAUAGCAUGGCAAUUUAAUUUACGUGGUGCUGAUAUUCCAUAUAAUCCUUUUUUUAAAUCAUAUGCUAUCAUUUAUACUAAUUAUAUAAUUCAUCAACCGAAAUUAUUUGUUAAUUUAGCACAAAUUAAUCGUACUAUGUAUCCUGUUGGUGUUCGUGUAUUUAAUUAUUCAACGUUUUGGUCACAUUUAAAUGAAACAGUUAAUAAUUCAACUAUAGAAAAAAUUUUGGUUAGUGCACAAGCAUCUCAAGCUAUAUUAAAUUUAAUACCUUAUGAUAAACUAAUACUACCAUUAUUCAAUUCACCUAUAGAACGUAUAAAAGCACAAAAAAAUUCAAUAGAAAGAAAAGGUAUGAGAGAUUGUCAAAUACGAGAUGCUGUUGCUCGUAUGAAACAUAUUGGAUGGAUUGAACAACAAUUAAAUAAUAAUAUACCAAUUAAUGAAACGCAAUCCGUUGAUCGAUUACUUUACUAUCAAAAACAACAAGUUAGAUUUAAAUUUCCAAGUUUUCAUGCUAUUUCAGCAUCCGGUGAUCGGGCAGCUCUCGUUCAUUAUUCUUCACAACCAGCAACAGCUCGACCUAUUACUAAAAAUCAAAUUUAUUUACUUGAUGCUGGUAGUCAAUAUCUAGAUUGUACAACAGAUAUAACACGAACACAUCAUUUUGGUAUUCCAAAAGAUCUAGAAAAACGUGCUUAUACACGUGUACUUCAAGGUGUACUUGCUAUUGCCGAUGCAGUUUUUCCGACAGGAACAUAUGGUCGAUCACUUGAUUAUCUUGGUCGUAUGUAUUUGUAUAGAGAUGGUAUGACUUUUGGGCAUGGUAUAGGUCAUGGUAUUGGUCACUUCUUGAGUGUACAUGAAGGUCCACACCGUAUUGGAUCAGAAUAUAAUGAAUAUGAAGAACCAUUAACUGAUGGAGUAUUCAUUUCGGAUGAACCAGGAUUUUAUAAACCAGGUGAUUUUGGUAUUCGUAUAGAAAAUGAUGUUGAAGUUGUAUUGGCACAUAAGAGUAUAUAUGAUAAAAGACAAUUUUUACGUUUCGAUACAAUUACAUUUGUACCAUAUGAACGUUCAUUAAUUGAUGUUACAUUAUUAACAAAUACACAAUUAGAUGCUAUCAAUAAAUAUCAUGCAAAAGUAGCACAGAUUUUAGAACCUUUACUUAAAGAUGAUGAAGCAGCUUUAAAUGCUUUGCGUUCUCGUACGAAAAAAAUACAUUCUCAAUCGGUAACAACAACUACAGAAUUAUCUAACAAAGCAUUUAUUAGUAUUAGUUCACCGUCUCUCAUAACCUUCGUUUUUAUUUUUUAUUAUGCAUAA